GAUGGAAAUUGCAUAAUUUGAAAAUACAAAAUGUGUAGUUAACAUCAACCAUGUUUAUUUGGAGAAAAUGCAUAUUUACUUUUUUGCGAAAUUCGUUUGCUACUUGAAGCUACACUGAAACUACAAAGUAUAAACGCAAAUGUAAUUAAACAAGUUGACAGUUGCAAAACUUCUCCCGUACAGUAGCGAAGAAACAUUAAAACAAAUCCCAAGUGAUAAACAAACAGAAGUUUGCUGUGUUUUUCUUCCUCAACAUGGAUCGUCUAGAACCCACGUCGCAGGAUGAUCGUAGGCUGUGGCUUGGAAAUUUGGACAGUCGAAUCACCGAGUAUCAAUUACUGAAAAUCGUGCAAAAAUACGGUAAAAUUGAAAAGUUCGACAUGCUGUUCCAUCGGUCCGGACCGUUAGCGGGCUAUCCGAGGGGUUACGCCUUCGUUACGUAUGAGAACCAUAAGGAUUCGGAAGCCGCAUUGCACCGUUUGGAUGGCAAGCUGGUCGGUGAGAAAACGAUUGUCGUCCGAUGGGCUAAGCAUGUCAACCGCGAGGAGGGUGAUAGAACGAAACCAAAAAUCGAGAUACCCUGUCUGGCGGGUGGCUCCAAAGGUGGAACCAAUGGCCCUUUAAGUCAGCAGACUAAGAUUCAAGCACUGGAAGCGAAGCUAAAGAUGUUGGAGAGCAGAUCCGACGAUCUGGUAAUCAACAAGUCGUCUACCUCUGAACGGCCCAUUAUCGAACGCUAUCAGUACAACAUUAAUCAACCCCAGCGGACAGAUCCGAAGAUGAAACGUUCGCAUCAUACGGCUGGCAGUGGACGGGGCGGAAGUCGAAACGCACCGUACAGAAAUUCGCAUCGUCACAAAUAGUGGACAAACGGAACGGUAACUAACAAUACUCAUAGAUUUUAAAUACUAGCUUUAAUACAAAUUGACCGAACUUACAACGGAAAAUGUGUUGCGAAAAACCAUGAAAAUAAACUAUGAAACUAAACAGAUUUA